AUGAUGCGGAUAACAAAUGCAAAUGAUGAGACUACCGAGUACCAGGCAUGCCAAAUGUAUGAUGCAGAAAACCAACCGAACUCCUGGUUAAUAACUGAUGCCAUCAAAAUUGACAAGGUUCGCAGAAUCGACGUUACCGUUGAAUUCUCCAUCUGGAACUGUUCUGGUAAGGAGAUGAGAGACGUUAAAUAUUGCAAGGAGAGUUUUGAUAUAUAUGUACAUUUAGCAUCAGAGAUGUACAAUACUGGCAAGAUCCCAAAUCCUUACUUAAACCAUAGUGCAUAUGAUCUAAAAUCGGCUGUCAGUCCAAAAUAUAUGGUCAUGGGAUUUACAUAUGAGGACAUAAAGAAUAUUCGAAGUUCGACAAACAGAGAGACAUAUCGAAUUGAUUUAAGGCAGGGGUAUCCGUACGUUUACAUUGCGUUUCGUUAUACUGGUGGAUGUAUCAGUGUGUGCCGUGUGAGUGCUCAAUAUUAUCAAUGCCCUGCCAAGACUCUUUCAGAAAGUCUUAUUCGAGUGCCAAUGACGAAGGCCCCCCCGAAUGGGUCAGAGAGAGUCAGAGGUCAGUGCUUUCCUUACGCGCAGCCUGAGAGUAAUGGAAACGAACCGUUUUGGCUUUGCGAAGCUGAGGGAAAAUGGAGUGAGAACUCUAAUAUAGGAAUGUGUAUUUGUAAAGCUGGUUAUGACAAAGUAAACACAAGCAAGAGAGAAGCUGAGUGUCAAGAAAAAGCCCAGGAUACUGAACCAGGUUAG